UGUUUCCGCCUCCUCCUCUUCCACCCAUGUCCUUGCUGCGCGGGCCGCGAACCCGCGGGUCCUGGGCCACUGCCCGGAAGGGGCCAAGGAAGCCGGCGUCGGCCAAGCGGGAUUGGGACAGUACAGUCCAUGAUUUAACAGUUCAUCGAGCAACUCCUGAGGAACUACUGCGUCGUCAUGAACUACACAAGUCGAAAAAUAGAACGCUAGUGCAUCUGGAACUACAAGAGAAAGCACCAAAAAGAAAAUGGGGGAAGCAAAAACAAAUGGCUCACGGUUCCUUGGAGAAAAGGAAAUUAACUCUGAUGCGUGAGAUUCUCUCUGAUCAAUAUCAGUUGCAAGAUGUGCUGGAACGAUCUGAUCAGGUUAUGGCUGUGGUAAAAGACUUAUUUGGGGAUGUUCCUCGCAGACGAACAGGUUUCCCUAAUGUAACGAUGGCUCCUAACUGUGGCCUAGACUCUUCUAAAGGACGCAUUGUACAAAAACAUGAUCCUCCCACUCAGCUUUCUGUCCUUAGUGAAUCUGUCAUGGAUUCCCAGGCUGUUAAUGAGGUAGAAGAGGAAACAUCAUCCAUCUGUCAAUCAGAUGAUGAACAGCAUGACUCUUUUGAUUUCAAAUUCAGCAUCAACUCUGACAGUAGACUACUCCAGUUAUUGAGAGAAGAAAACUCUUCAGGGAAUUCUCAGUUAUGGUCUGAAAAGGAAGAAGGAAAAAACACAUUAUCACAAGAAGCAAAUAUACCUUCGACUCCAACUACAACUUCUCCUUUGUUGGAACAUUCAGCCCUCAAUGCUAGCAGUGAAGUCAAGAGAAUUCAUUCAAGGCUUCUGAACAAAGAGGGAGAAGAGACUAUGAACCCUAUGUACACGGUGAAACAAGUGCUGAACCCAGACUCAAGGAAACAAAAGCAAAUUGCAGCAAAAGUGAAAAGGAAGCAAGCUACACAGAACUCUUCCAGACAGAGGAUGGGUGAUUCUCAUGCAAAUUCAUUUCCCCUUGACCUUCCAAGGGACAAUAAAUCUAGCCUGGAUGUUCUCAAUUGCAUGAUAGACAAAGUAGAGCAUGAGCUGGAGGAAUAUGAGCGAUGUACAGGCCGUGAGGUUCAGAAAACACGGAAAAGUGAAGGCCUUGCCGGAUUUACCUUGUCAUUGGUGAAUGCUCUCUGUCGUUUAAUGUGCUACCUUAAAGAGAGUGAAAUGCAACUGCAUGAGAAAGACCUGAUAAGGCAGCAACAUGAGGAGAUGUUGAAUGAACAUAGAGAAUUGAUUGAUGCUUUGACUGCAGAAAUCCUUCUAGUGAGGGAAGAAAACAUUACUAUACAGAAGAAGCUUCAGCAAUACAUGAUAUCAACAAAUGAACAGCUAACGUCUCUCGUACAAUCAUUUAAAGGCUUUGCUUUAACAGAAUCUGAAAGAGGACAAAGUCCUAAUCAUUUUGGAAUUGCAAGCAAAGGUCCAGCAAACAGCCAAGAGAAAAGCACUUUGAGCUAUUAUGAGCCCAGGACUGAUGCAGGCAACAGGGAAAACAUACUGAAAUUCCCACAUGAGGACGUGCCUCUUAAAUUUCCCCAGAAGCCAAGUGCCUCAGGUAGUGUAGAAGCAGGUGGAAGUUUGCCAACUCACAUCUUUCAGCCAGCUGUACUGUUGUCACCACCCCAGCAGAAGAGCAGUCAGAAAUCGUCUCCUUUCCAGAAUGUCUUCAAGAUCAUCUCUCCGUCAACUGAAAAUACUGAGAGAGAACCAUGCAGGGAAAGGACCUCACCCUCCUCUCUGGUAACGCAGAGCACAAGUGAGGAAAAAUAUCUCUUCUCUCAAAGGCAACCAAUUUCUCCUGCAGAAAAAGACUUGGAGAGUUCGCAAGAAAAAGUCAGUCUGCCUUCCCUAGGUGAUUCUGGAAAAAACAAUGCAAUUAGAGAAUUCUCUCAGUGCAGUGACCUGCUGGGACAGAUAGCUGAGCUAACACAGCAGAAUUCUUUUAUUAAAACUCAGCUGAGCAAAUUCAGAGGCUUCUCUGAAGAAAGAGGUGAUGGCCUACAUCAGCCAGGUCCAAUACAAAAUAUAAACUCUAGUCUAGAUACUUCAAAGGAACAGACUCAGCUUAUAAUACCAAAGAGCUUGGAGGAACGAAUAGCAGAACUGAAUCGUCAGAGUGCAGAAGCACGAGAUAAACUAUUGCAGCUAAUAGACCAGCAAAAAUUAGGUGCUGCCUAUAUGGUCUCUCCACUGGUAUCUCCUAUUCCACCUCCAUCCUUAAAUUAUACUGAAAAUGCAAGGAAGACAAUUGAAGUGUCUACUCCAGGAGCAUUUGCUAUGGACAGUUCCAAAGAAAAUACUCCUUCCCCUGCCAGUGUGACCAGUAUAAGAAGAUCUGCAGGUUCCUCUGGCAAACCUUGUUCACCCCUAAGUGCCACUUCAGAAAGUGUGAAAUUAAGUCCUGGCAGUCAAAGGCCAAAGGUAAAGCAGCAAAAAGAAGAAGGUUGGUUUGCAUUAUCAAUGCAUAUUAUGUAAAGGAAGCUGCACUCAAGUCCCGUUUUAUUUUAGAAAUGUUCUCAUGAACCACAAUUAGAUAACUGUAAUUCUUUCUACGCAUGUACCAUGUAACUCUGAAGUGCUUGUGUCAGUGCAAAAAGUCUUUAUAAAAAGAUCUGUAACAGUUAAUGUAUUUGUGACAAUAGAAGUCCUGGAAAUGGGUUUCUGAAUUGGAUGCAUUGCUGUGAUAUUAUCUCCUUACACUCCUUUCACAACAUGAUAAAGCGAGACUACUUUAGAAAUACAAAUGGGAUAAGUAUCUAUAUGAUAUCGAUGUGCAAAACAGGUAUCUGGAGUGUAUAUUGGUGCAAGAUAUGAGAUUUAAAAGAACAAGAAAAAAUGAGAUGAGGGUAUGUACAAACAUUCAAAAGCAGCCUGGAGUAUAGAAAAUUGGUCUAUUCCUGCUGGAUGAGAAGAUGUGUCAGAAAUAACUUGUUCCUUCUGUGUUUACAGCUUUCCACAAAUCCUAAGAGCGCUGUGUUGACAGUAUAGUUAAUGUAUCAGGGAUUGCAUCGAGACUUGAGUAUUGAUUUCU